AUGAAAGAGAAAUCACUGGCAGGAAAAUCAGUUGCUAUGAAAGAUGCUAAGGUGGAGUUGGUUGGGUCAAAGGUGGCUGAAUUGGCGGAUGACUUGGCAACAUCCUCAUGGGCUGGACAAAGGACAAAAAGGGAGAGGAAGAACAAUCUUUAUCAUAUUGGAAUCAUGGCUGAAAAUACCCUAUUUAAAGAUUUGAUAGCAAAGAUUGAUAAUAUGCAAGUUGCUAUGGAUCAACUGGAGGAAAGAUUAAUGGCAGCUAUAGAGCAUCGUGAUGAUAGGGUCAAGCUGUUGGAGACAUCACUGCAAAGCAUUUCGAAAUUCAUUGAAACUCAUAUGGCUUCCAGUAAUGUCAAUUCAAUUGAAGCAUCUCAACCUUCACAAUCUUUACAGGAAGUGGAAAUUAUUAGGGAAAAAUCUUUUACAACCAGAUCUUUGGAAAUUGCUUCUAUGCAUUUUGAUGGGCCGGUGGUUCCUUGGUACCAAAUGGUGGAGAAAGAAGGCAAGGUAAAAACCUGGGCAGCAUUAGUAGAUGCCUUGGAGGAUGCUUAUGGACCAUCUAUAUUUGAGAAUCCUGAGUUUGCAUUGUUCAAAUUAACUCAAGCAGAAGAAUCAGAAAUCCAAAUGGACAUAAUUCCAUGGAAGCCUGAGUCUCUUUCUAAAGCAGCAAAACUGGCCAUAUUAUAUGAGGAUAAAUAUGCUUUAAUACCUAAGCCUAAUGUCAAGAGAUCUCAAUUUAGUCCAGAUAUUAAUGUUACUGUUGUGCCAGGAAAAUUUGUGAAUACAGUACCCAAGGUGCUUCAGACUUCCAACACUCCAUCAAAGAUAACAGGAGCCAAUCAUAAUAGUAAUCCUCAACCCUUCAAGAGGAUUAGCUUUAAUGAGAUGCAACUAAGAAAAGCAAAGGGACUAUGUUUCAAUUGUGAUGAAAAGUAUUCUCCUACACAUAGAUGUCAAACUAAGAGAUUAUUACUGUUGCAGUGGAAUAAAGAGCCUCCAGAUGGAGAAGAACAAGAAGUGGCUGAAUUUGUGGUUGAGUUAGAAAAUAGUACUUCUACCGAAGAAUCAGUUCCUAGGGAAUCUAGUCCUAAAUCAUCACUUAAUGCAAUGAAUAGUGUAGCUGCAUCAAGUACAAUGAGAUUUACUGGAUUUAUAAAAGGGCAACCAGUUAAUAUACUGUUAGAUGAAGGCAAUGACAAUAACUUUAUUCAACCCAGAAUUGCCAAAUUUUUGCAGCUUGACAUACAUCCAACAGCUCCAUUUAAGGUUCUUGUGGGGGAUGGUAAUUCUUUACAGGUGGAGGGUAAGAUUGAUCCACUACAGAUUAAAAUUCAAGGUUGCAAAUUGUCAUUUCAUGUGUAUUUGUUGCCAAUUGCUGGAGCUGAGGUUAUUAUGGGAGCAUCAUGGUUGGCUACCUUGGGAGCACACAUCAUGGAUUACGGAUCAUUAUCUCUACAAUUUUAUUGUGAUGGGAAGUUUGUGACAUUGACUGGAGAUAAAGGACAAGGUCCACAACCUACUACCAUGCACCAAUUACACAGAUUGAGUUCGGUUAAAUCUAUUACUGAGUGUUAUCAGUUGACUAUGGAAUCAGCAGAAUCUUAUCCCACAAACUCUUUGAAUCAUAGACUGCAAGAAGAGGUGAAAACAGAUAAUUGCACUAAUCCAGCAUUAAAAAUUCCUGAUGAGCUGUCUGAUACUUUAAAGCAGAUACUAUUAAAGUAUGAAAGGAUGUUUGAAAUUCCUAGAGGUCUACCACCAUCAAGAUUGUGUGAUCAUAGGAUUCCUCUACAACCUAAUGCAAAUCCAAUCAAGGUCAGACCCUACAAGUAUCCCCAUAGCCAGAAGACUGAAAUUGAAGCAAUGGUGGAUCAAAUGUUGAGAGAAGGAUUAAUUGAACCUAGAAACAACCCUUUUUCUUCUCCUGUUAUUUUGGUUAAAAAAAAAGACGGCACAUGGAGAUUUUGUACUGACUACAGGGCAUUAAAUGCCAUAACAGUGAAGGAUGCCUACCCCAUACCAGUAGUUUAUGAGUUGUUAGAUGAGUUACAUGGGGCCAAAUACUUUUCAAAGCUUGAUUUGAGGUCGGGUUACCAUCAGGUUUUGUUACAUCUGGAAGAUAAAUUCAAAACGGCAUUUCAAACUCAUCAUGGACAUUUCCAAUGGGUAGUAAUGCCAUUUGGAUUGUCAAAUGCUCCAGCAACAUUUCAAUCAUUGAUGAGUGAGAUAUUUCAGUUUUCCAUGCACAAGUUUGUGUUGAUAUUUUUCGAUGGCAUAUUGAUUUACAAUGCCGAUUGGGAGAGCCACUUGCAGCACUUGGAGAUUGUAUUAAUCACUCUCAACAAACAUCAGUUAUUUGCAAAAUUCUCAAAAUGUGAAUUUGGAAUGAUACAAAUUGAGUAUCUAGGACACAAUGUUUCUGGUAUGGGGGUUCAAAUGGAGAAAUCUAAGGUUGAAGCGAUUGUUCAGUGGCCAGCACCCACAAAUAUCAAGCAACUAAGAGGGUUAGGGUUGAGUGGGCAUUAUAGAAGGCUUAUAGCCAAUUAUGCUAGUGUUGCACAUCUCCUUAUAGAACUUCUUAAAAAGGAUGCAUUUCAAUGGUCAGUAGUAGCUCAAGAGGCAUUUCAACAUCUCAAACAGAAAAUCACAACAGCUCCAGUGUUGAAGUUACCUGAUUUUUCUAAACAUUUUGUUUUAGAAACUGAUUCUUCAAGGUUGGGUAUUGGAGCAGUUCUGAGCCAAGAUCAACAUCAGGUUUCAUUCUUCUCCAAGAAAUUGACUCCUGUAAUGCAAAAACAAUCUGCAUAUGUGCGAGAAUUAUUUGUUGUGACAGAGGUUGUGAGCAAGUUCAUACAUUAUUUGGUGCUUAAACGCAUUGGUACUGUAGCUUAUCAAUUAGAAUUGCCUGAAGAAGUGUGCAUCCAUUCAGUGUUUCAUGUUUCCUUAUUAAAGAAAUGUGAGGGAGACCCAGGCGCACAAGCAAACUCUAUUCCUAUACCGUUGAUGACUAAUGAGACAGGUCCAAGCUUGCAACCUAUAUCAAUUCUUCUAACAAGGACAAUUCUCAAGGACAAUCAAUGGGUGAAGCAACAAUAUUAUCCAACUUUCAACCUUGAGGACAAGGUUACAGUUAAAGGGGGGAGUAAUGUAAUGAAAGAGAAAUCAUUGGCAGGAAAAUCAGUUGCUAUGAAAUAUGCUGAGGUGGAGUUGGUUGGGUCAAAGCUAGCAGAAGGAAAGAAUAUGAUUGGAGGAGGAGGGGCAGUUGGUGAGAAUAGCUAUAACAAGGGGAAAGCAGAGAGGGAGAGGUUUAUUAGAGAAGAAGGAAGAGGACUUGAGGCCUGGAUCUGGCUUACCGAUGAUCAUCUCCGGCGACCUAGACAGGAUGGAAGAGAUUCCCAAUAUCUUUACUAUUUUCUAGCUUAUUUUGAGUAG